AGCUGGGUACUCAUGAGCAGGAGGGAUGUCAGGCGAUGGCAGUGGGCAUCCGAAUAUGGGGUGCAAAUAAUCCCCCACAUAGCCAGUGAAGAUACCUAGGUCUGAAAAAAACAAUAUUGGAGAUUCGGACCCUUCUCUGCUACAAAUCCUAGAAGUGAAAAAUUUGAACCAACAUUCAACGUUUCUGUUAUGGCUAAAGUGAAAUAUUCUACAAUGGGAUCUCUGUUUCCUUGUCUUCCAGAUGAAAUUGGGUUCGAAUGCCUGCUGAGGGUGGAGUUGAACUCUCAUCACAACCUCAGGUGUGUAUCCAAAAGCUGGAACGCCGCACUGAAAACCCCCCGCUUUUAUCAAGAAAGAAAGAGAUUGAAGAUUUCGGAGCAACGGAUUUGUUUGUUGCAGGACACAUACAGCAUUUGCAACAGAGUAUUGGUAUAUGACCUGCAGAAGGACUCGUGCAAAAGUCUACCGCCUAUUCCCUUAAAAUUUUACCGCUUCUCUCACUGCUAUUUCGUGAAACAAAAACUGGUUUUGAUCACGGAUAUGGUUGACUACUAUACAAGGGCUUGUAUAUGGUUGUACGAUUUUACUUGUUCCAAAUGGCGGCAGGGCGCCAAAAUGCCUAGAUGGCGGUCUCGAUUUGCCUCCGCAGCGGAUGAGCACAGGGGACUGAUUUAUGUGGCUGGAGGGUAUGGCAGGUUGCGCAACCCGGUCCGUAGCGCUUCAGUUUACAAUGUGGAGGAGGACAAGUGGGAUCUUCUCUCCGACAUGAACACCUACAUGGAGGACUUUACAGGUGCUUUUGCUGGCGGGAAGUUUUAUGUAAUGGGCAAGCCAACUUGGCCCACUUUUGAGGUUUUUGAUUCCUACACGAGAAGUUGGAAAACUCUGGAGAAUAGAUUGAACAGUAUGCAUUUCUUAAGUGUAUUUGGGCGCUUGCAUUGCUUGUCUGCUGGGGGAUUGAUUGAAUAUGACUAUAGCCGAGAUAAGCUGCACAUUGUAGGGCCUCUUCCAACGGAGGACUUCGAACGACUUAUUGAGUUCGCUACAGUAGUUGGCCAUAAAAUCUUUUUGAGCAAAUGGGAUCCCAUUGAAGGUGAAGGUUUUUAUAUGCUUACACCUCCAAGUGAGACGGGAGGAGCAAUCAAGUGGAUUGCCAUUGGGAGACCAUCGGGCCUCCAGGAUUUUGUUAUAUGUGCUGCUACCCAAGUGGAUCUUUGACUUUUUUUGAGCUUGCAUUCAGUUAAUUGGUAAUUUCUUGCCAUACAGUAAGCUCUGGAAAUAUCGACAAGUAGUCUUAUAUAUUACCAGAUGUGUAACUUCAAUAGGCACUCAUAAGCUACAGUAACACUCUAUUCGUUGAACUAUAUAUGAGAAUUUGUUGUUGAAUAGGUUAUA